AUGGAAAAAGAGCAAUUACCUUCACUACACGAUGCAACUGGCCUCGAUUCAUUGAAAAUACAACACUCCUCAACAAACAAAGAUGUCGACUUUGGUCAAGUUCUCGAAACAUAUGCAACCCCCGAGAUGGAGAGGAAGCUUCUUUGGAAGCUAGAUCUCUUUCUUAUUCCUCUGAUGGGGUUUUGCUAUAUGCUGCAAUAUAUGGAUAAAUUGGCACUGAGCCAGGCGACUUUGUUCAAUUUACAAGAAGAUUUGAACCUCAAGGGUACGGAGUAUAAUUGGACAUCCGCCGUUUUUUAUUUCGGAUACCUCGCAUGGAGCUGGCCUAGCUCGUACCUUAUUGUCCGACUCCCACUCGGUAAAUACCUGGGAUUUGCAGUGUUCUUGUGGGGAGGCAUCUUGAUGUGCCAUGCGUCCUGUACUUCAUUUUCAGGGUUAAUGGCUGCACGGUUCUUUCUCGGAGUGGGAGAGGCGUCCAUCGCACCUGGCUUCGCUUUGAUAACAGGAAUGUUUUACAAAAGAGAAGAGCAGCCUGCUAGACAAGCCGCCUGGUUUGUUGGAAACUCCAUUGCGACGGUCAUUGGAGGAGUAGUCGCAUAUGGAAUCGGACUUAUCCAAACCAGCGCUGUCCAAAACUGGCAAUUGCUGUUCCUAAUUCUGGGUGCCGUUACCGCAGCCUAUGGAUUGAUUCUUCUGGGGCUUCUCCCCGACUCGCCGGCUAAAAAUGUGUUCCUUAACCAGACCGAGAAGACAAUUGCAAUCCAACGAACACUGAAGAACAAGACUGGUGUCAUGGACACCGGUAAAUUCAGAUGGAACCAAGUGGUAAUGGCCAUCAAAGAUCCGCAAACUUGGUUCCUUGUACUUUAUACGCUCUGCGUGAACUUUUGCAAUGGUGGCAUUACGAGCUUUUCUUCUAUUAUUAUCGCUGGUUUCGGCUUUUCCAAUCUCAAGGCUCUGGUCAUGCAGAUGCCGCUCGGAGCUGCGCAAUUGGCGUUCCUUUUGCUAACCUCUGGCUUUGCAACUUUUGUGCGGUCAAGUCGAAUCUUCAUGAUGAUCUUGAAUUGCGCGGUCUCUGUGAUCGGAAUGGCUCUUAUUUGGAAGUUAGAUGAAGGUGAUCGUGCGGGGAGGUUGACGGGUCUUUGCUUAGGGGCCGUGUUUGCCGCCAAUAUCCCACUGUCACUCAGUAUAAUCAGCUCGAACAUCGCUGGAUUUACAAAAAAGAGCACCGUCAGUGCUUUGAUGUUCGUGGCAUAUUGUGUUGGAAAUAUAGUCGGGCCUCAGUUCUUUAUUCCCGCUGAAAAGCCCGCAUAUCCGACUGGAAUAAAGGCAGCUAUGUCUGGGCUAAUUUUAGGCAUUUUCUUUUUAAUAUGCCUUUACGUGUAUUACGCGUGGGAAAAUAGCCGUCGCGAUCGACUUUAUGGUUCUCCAAGACAGCUAACUGAAGCAGAAGAGUUACAGGAUGAAUUCUCCAACAAGACAGACCAUGAGAUUGAGAGCUUCCGUUAUCUUUUGUAA